ACUUUUUAGCAUGACGUCAUGUCAGCCAAAUUUACUAGCGCCAUCUCUGGAGAGCAUCUUUCGAAACCUCCAGACGAUAGAGAGAGCCGUCCGAGGCUGGUCGUGUUUUGAGGACUGCUCCUCUGGCUGGCAAUCCUUCCGGUAAAGUCUCGUCACCAUGCCCUCUGAGGCGCCCACGCCGCCUCCACCGGCGGCUACGCCGGAGCUGGCCCUCUCCCUGCUCGAGUACACUGCCUCGCUCAACAUUGACUCGCUACCCGCCGACCACCGCAAGACGGGCAUCGUCUGCACCAUUGGACCCGUCUCCCGCUCCGUGGAGAAGCUGGUUGAGUUGAUGGAGACGGGGAUGAACAUAGCGAGGAUGAACUUCUCUCACGGAACGCAUGAGUAUCACGCUGAGACUAUGGAGAAUGUAAGGAAGGCGGCGGAGGUUCUCAGUCAGAAGGCUGGACGGCCGGUGCCGAUCGGGAUUGCGCUGGAUACGAAAGGACCGGAGAUCCGCACGGGUCUUCUGGAAGGGGGUGCAUCAGCGGAGGUGGAGCUGGUCGCUGGGAAGAUGAUCAAACUAACCACAGACAAGGCGGCGUAUGAAAAAUGCACCGCGGAGUUGCUGUAUGUCGAUUAUGUCAACAUCACUAAAGUCCUACCUGUCGGGCGAAGGGUCUAUGUCGACGAUGGACUAAUCUCUCUGAUUGCUCGCGAGAUCGGACCCGACUUUGUCCUCUGCGAGAUCGAGAACGGCGGCAUGCUGGGCUCCAAGAAGGGCGUCAACCUGCCCGGCACGCCAGUCGACCUGCCUGCCGUCUCUGAGAAGGACCGUGGCGACCUUCUGCUUGGUGUUGAACAGGGAGUUGACAUGGUGUUCGCUUCCUUCAUCCGCGACGCAGCCGGCGUGCGGGAGAUCCGCAAGGUCCUCGGCGAGAAGGGCAAAGAUAUCAAGAUCAUCUCAAAGAUCGAGAAUCAUCAAGGAAUCCUCAACAUGGAUGAAAUCAUCGCCGAGUCCGAUGGUGUCAUGGUCGCCCGUGGUGACAUGGGUAUCGAGAUCCCCGCAGAGAAGGUGUUUGUCGCCCAGAAGGCUCUCAUCUCUCGCUGCAACAUGGCCGGCAAGCCGGUCAUCUGCGCCACUCAGAUGCUGGAGUCCAUGGUGAAGAAGCCCCGCCCGACUCGUGCUGAGGUGUCUGACGUAGCCAACGCAGUUCUGGACGGCUCUGACUGUGUCAUGCUCAGCGGUGAGACAGCCAAGGGCGACUACCCGCUCCAGUGUGUCUCCAUGAUGGACCGGUGCUGCCGUGAGGCGGAGGCCACGGUCUGGCACCAGGCCUUCUAUAACGACGUGGCUCGUACGGUGGACGUCGCUGACCAUCUGUGCUCGGUGGCGUUUGCGUCGGUAGGGGCGGCGCUGAAGAUGAGGGCGGCGGCUAUCGUGGUGCUGACCACCACCGGAAAGUCGGCGCACAUGCUGUCUAAGUUCCGUCCGCCGUGUCCGAUCAUCGCCGUGACACGGUUCCCUCAGGUGGCCCGCCAGUGUCACCUGCACCGCGGCAUCAUCCCCCUGAUCCACACCGCCGAGCGGGUGGCCGACUGGCUACAGGAUGUCGAGAUUCGCGUCCAGUACGCCGUCAACCACGGAAAGGAUAGGAAGUUUGUGCGAGAUGGUGACCCACUGGUGAUUGUUACGGGUUGGAAGUCGGGAGCGGGAUUUACCAACACGAUGAGGGUUAUCUACGCCUAGAGGAUGACGUGGUUAUGAAGGGUGAGUUGGUGUGGUUGAAAAGAUGUUGGUGGAUUUCGUGUUUAGGGGAUUUGGGAACUGUUGUAGAAUGGGAAGUUUGGCCUAGAUGUUGGUGAGGGAGGGAGACAACUGUUAGAGAGGUGAUAAGUUGUUGAGUUUGAUGAACUUGCGUCUGUUAGAGUCUGAGGUUAGUGAUAGGUCGGCUAGUGGUAGCGGUAGUUGGAAGAGUCUGAAGUCCCACUCUGGGCUGUGGAUGCGAAGAGUACGUCAAAGUCACAAUCGCAGUCAGAAUCCCUCCUUCGCCCCUCAGAGGCAUGUUAGGUAUACCACAGGGUACGGAAACCAACCAGCCAAAGAAACACUGCGUGAUCGACAAUGCGCUAGCAUUAACUUACUCCGUCACAAGCACUGUUGAAUGCGGCACGCUUCUUAUGUGUGUAUGCAAGCAGUUGUAAGUCUUUCCCGCUAGGUCUUUGUAGGCCUGUGUGCAAAGCCCAGUCGUUAAUGCCAUGUGUGAUGGGCUAGACAUCGCUUCCCUGUAAGAUGUUGUGCUUAGGCUGUUUGUUGCGGAUACUUGUUGUAGCUCUCACUAGCUUGUUGUCAGCUGUCAAAUCACGUCGCUUCACUGGCAACAUGAUUUGACGCUCCUAACGCUUGUUGGUUGUGAAAGAUGUUAGGUCGGACUACUUUAACCUUGUCGUGAACGCCCGUCGGCGAAUGGAGGCACUGGGCUGUUGCGAGGCGGUAUAGAAUGCAUCCGGAUCGGUUACCAGCUGCGAACUGAGCUUAUCAUUGUGAACGACCCCCAGUACCCCUGGAUGUGCUGCCGAGUCUGAAAUCAGACCUCGACCGUGUUGCUAACCACCCGAUCUGCAGAACUCGCUAACUGGUAUCCUUUGUUUUGCCGGGCCUGAAUGCUACCGUACGGUCUUGUGACCCACAAUCUUUGGCCAGUGUCAUCAGUUUGACGAGAAUAUCUCACCAGGUUGGCCCUAUCUAUUUGUUAACAGUUUAGAUCUGCGAUUAUUCGCAGCACGAACGCUAUUAUUGGUCGCCGUAGUACUGGCGAAGGAUAGUUUUGUUUGACCAUAUUUGCUAAAUUAUGUAUGUGUUCUCUCAUGUUGAAAUGUUUUUUCCUAAGCAGCUAAUUCUUUCGUUCUUGAUUCACGAUUUCGUUUCGGUAUGUGAUGUCACCAAAGAUUUGUGUUAUCCGACCAUGGAUUAUCCGUGGGCCUAAAUGGUCUGUCCCAUUUGGCCCCACCUGAUAAACUAGUCACUCCCGAACCGUAACAAUGUAACCCCUCAGGUUUGUUUCGAGUCCAUGGCAUCCAGAUAUGGAAAGAGGUUCCCCGCGCUCUGUUGAAUCAAUAAAUGUUAGCUCGAUA